AUGGCUUGUGCGGAGAACCUGCUGCAGUUCCAUGAGGUGCCGCUGCGGGUGCAGACCUCCGCGGCAGAGAAGUCCAGCAUCUCCCAGCUGAUGCAUGCGAGACGGGCCAACAGGGAAGCCCAGGCUUCCGGCAACGCCAAGGACAUGGCCUCCUUGGACGGUCUCCAGGGUGGCCUCAAAGAGCUCUUAGGCUUGUCCCGGCGCAUCCAGCAGUAUGUCCGAGCGGUCCAGUCCGGAAAGGCAGGCGAGAUGCACAUCGAAGAGGUCAUCAUUGAUGGAUUCAAGUCCUACUCGACCCGCGUGCCCGUUGGACCCUUUGACCGGCAGUUCAAUGCUAUCACAGGUCUGAAUGGCAGCGGCAAGUCGAACAUCCUGGAUUCCAUAUGCUUCGUGCUUGGCAUCUCGAACCUUACACAGGUUCGUGUGGGCAACCUGUCGGAGCUGGUCUACAAGCAAGGCCAGGCGGGGGUGACCAAGGCCAGCGUGACCAUCGUGUUCAACAACCAAGACAAGCAGAACAGUCCAGUUGGCUACGAGAUGCAUGACAAGAUCAUCAUCACGCGCCAGAUCGUGAUUGGUGGGCGGAACAGAUACCUUCUGAAUGGACACAACGUGCAGCAGAACCAGAUUCAGAAUCUUUUCCAUUCAGUUUCUCUGAAUGUGAACAACCCUCACUUCCUCAUCAUGCAGGGCCGCAUCACCAAGGUCAUCAACAUGAAGCCUCAGGAGACCCUCAGCAUGAUCGAGGAGGCUGCAGGCACCCGCAUGUACGAGAACAAGAAGGCUGGAGCGCUCAAGACCCUGGAAAAGAAGCAGAACAAGGUCGACGAGAUCAACCGCCUUCUUUCUGAGGAGAUUACUCCAACGCUGGAAAAGCUGCAGAAGGAGAGAUCAAACUACAUGCUGUGGGUGUCCAACAACAAUGAGAUUGAGCGGCUGGAGCGCUUUUGUGUGGCUUACGAAUAUGUCGGGUUCAAGAACCGCUUGGAGAACAAGAACCAGCAGCUGGAGGAAAUGGAGGAGAGCCUGGCACAGAUUGCGGCUGGCAUCAAAGAGCUGACGGCACGGGACAAAGCCAUUGAGAAGGAGAUCAAGCAGCGCACAGCGUCGCGUGACAAGGCUCGAUCUCAAGAGCUGAAGGAGCUGGAAGAUAAACAGAACAAGCUUUCCAAGGACAUCGCCUCCAUGGAGUCCAAGCUGAAGAACAAGCAGGCGGAGCUGGACUCGGAGAAGGAGCACCAGAAGAAGUCCAGCUCAGGCAUGGGCGAACUGCGGAAGCAGCUCCAGCAGAAGGAGGCGGUCUACGAGAAGGAGAAGAGCAAGUACGAGAAGCUGACCCAGGAGGAAUCCGCGGCGCAGAAGGAGAUAGAGAAGGCGCAGUGGUCCAUGCAAGCUGUCACGGCAGGCAUGGCAGAGACCUCCACAGAGGGGGAGCAGCGGAGCGUCCGGGAGCAGCUGCUGCACGCGCAGACGAGGCUGCAAGAGAUGCAGGCGGAAGAGAAGACCAAGACGAUGGCCAUUGCCAAUCUGAAGGAGCGCAUUGCCCGCGCGGAGCAAAACCUGGGAAACAGCAAGCAGGAGGACAAGCGCUUGGCCAAGGAGCGAAGCGCCCUGGAGGCCGCGGUGAAGGAGAAGCAGUCGCAGCUGCAGAAGGCCGCUUUCGACCCCGAGGCCUUCCAGCAGCUGAGGCAGGCCAAGGACAAGGCGGAGGCCGGCUGGCACUCCAUGCAGGAGAGGCUGGAUUCACUGCGCGCCUACCUCAACGGGGUGGACUUCAGCUACUCCGAUCCCUGGAGGAACUUCGACCGCUCCACCGUGAAGGGAUGUGUGGCAAAACUCUUCCACAUCAAACCCGACUUCGCCAACUUCCACCGUGCUUUGGAGGUGUGUGCCGGGGGAAGGCUUUUCAAUGUGAUCGUGGACAACGAGGAGACUGGGAAGGCGCUGCUGGAGAAGGGCCAGCUGAGGAAGCGUGUCACUAUCAUCCCCUUGAACAAGAUCCAGGACAACAGCAUCUCGCCGCAGGUGGUGCGCCAGGCCAAGAACAUCGUCCCCAAAGGUGCUGAGGCACAUGUGGCCAUGGAGAUCAUCGGAUGCGAGAAACAGGUCAUGAACGCCAUGAAGUACGUCUUUGGGCCCUUCAUAGUUUGUGACACGUCUGAGACUGCGAAGCACAUCACGUUCCACCCCAACGUCCGGGUGAAGACGGUGACCAAGGAGGGCGACCUCUACGACCCCUCCGGGACCAUCACGGGUGGCAGCGCUCCGAAGGGUGGCAACCUGCUGCUGAAACUUCAGGAGCUGUCUCAACUUGAGAAGCAGGUGCACAAGCAGCGGGUCGAGUUCGACAAGGCAGCCGCACAGCUCAUGAAGAUGCAGGGCGCCGCUCAGGAGUUCUCAGCCCUGGAGCGAGAGCUCAAGUGCCGGGAGCACGAGAUGACUUUGCUGCAGGAGCGCAUCAGCCGCAGCGAGCACCACACGACGGAGCAGUCCAUCCAGGAUAUGCGAGCGGAGAUGCAGAAGUUCCAGGAAGACAUCAGCAACCUUCCGGAGGAGAAGAAGAAGUUAGAGAAGUCCACAAAGCAGAUGGAGAAGGACAUCAAGAGUCUAGAUUCUAGCCGAGAAGACCGCAUCAAGUACUUUGAGGGUCACAUCCGCGAGCUUCAGAAGUCUGCCAAGCAGAACGUGGAGAAGAUCGAGAAGCAGCGUGAGAAGACGGAGCAAGCGCAGGUGGAGGUGGAAGUCCUGCGCAAUGAGUUGUCAGCCAUGGAGGGCAAAGACCAGGACAGCGGCCGCGGCCAAGAGUCCCUGGCUGCCGAGAUGCAGCAGAUGUCGGAGUCCCUGGCGGAGAAGAAGGCGUCCCAUGAGCAGACGAGCAGCCAGCUGGAAGCCAUGAGGGUGGAGCUGCAGAGCCUUGAUGAGUCUCUAGGGCAGCUGGCGGAGGAGGUUGGUCGCAACAAGCAGAAGAGGGAAGAGAAGGAGCUGGAGCAGAAGCGAGUGACCCACAAGAUCCAGCAGCUGCAGAAGGACGACAAGGAAUCUCACAUCGUGGUGGCGCGCAUGGAGAAGGAACACCCAUGGAUCCAGAAGGAGCAGGCUCUGUUCGGCAAGAAGGGCACGGACUUCGACUUCCAGGGGGGCCGGUACCAGGACAGCAAGGCGCGCCUGGAGCAGCUCACCUCAGAGCAGAAGAAGCUGGGCAAGAACAUCAACAAGAAGGCGAUGGUGAUGUUUGAGAGGGCCGAGAAGGAGUACCAGGAGCUCUUGUCCAGGCGAGACAUCAUCCUGAAUGACAAGGGCAAGAUUGAGAAGGUGAUCAAGGACUUGGACGAAAAGAAGACCGAGACGCUCCGCCGGACUUGGAAGAAGGUGAACAAGGAUUUCGACUCCAUCUUCAGCACGCUGCUGCCGAACACCAAUGCCAAGCUGGAGCCGCCCCAGGGCAUGGAUGAGACCGAAGGCCUGGAGAUCAAGGUGGCCUUCCACGGGGCCUGGAAGCAGAGUUUGACGGAGCUGAGCGGCGGCCAGCGCUCGCUGCUGGCGCUGUCGCUGGUGCUGGCGCUGCUGCUCUUCAAGCCGGCGCCCAUGUACAUCCUAGAUGAGAUCGACUCUGCAUUGGACCUAAGCCACACGCAGAACAUCGGCCACAUGAUCCGGACCCACUUUCCGCACUCGCAGUUCAUCGUUGUGUCCCUGAAGGAGGGCAUGUUCAAUCACGCCAACGUGCUCUUCCGCACGAGGUUCAUCGACGGCACCUCCACUGUGACAAGGUAUGCCAUUCGGGAUGAGGAUGACCGGGUCGCAAUGCCGCCGCAGAAGAAGGCGAGGAAGGAUGUGCAAGCCAAGUAA